AUGGGUGUUGUCAAAUUCUUGGAUAACCAGAUAAAAAACGAACGAACUUACUCACAUUUGUUUAAAUCUUAUGAGACGUCUCCAUACUGUUACAAUGUCAUGCGUGGCACUGAAACGGGAAAACGCAGUGAAGAAGGCGCGGCUCUAGCCCCACGACCUCCACCACAAAGAGUUGCUACUAUCAGCCAAGCUACGAACUACCACGAAAAGACGACCCUACUCAGUUCCGAUGACGAGUUUCAGUAA